GGGCGCUGUGCUGUUAAAGAUGGCGUACAAAAGUUUUUCUUCUGUUUUCCACAAUUUGUCAAGAACGUAUAUUUUAUGGAUACUGUAAAUCCAAAAGGCAACAAUGGAAGGGCAGGCGACCUCUGAUAGAGAACUGAAUAGGAUGGGUCAGUUUGAAUUCAGUAAAGGCUUGAUGGAGAAGAUUUUACGUCGGGCGUUCCUGGAUGGCGUGAUUGAGUUAUACGAGAAUUGUCCGUUUGGAAGAAUCUAUUCUGUUGCACUGGAAGGUGAUUUAUCUUUGACCAUCAACAAAUAUGAGACAUUUGACAUCCGAUUGUUUGAGAUAGCACAGCGAGCACCAGCGAAACCGCAUACAGCCAAAAUGAUAAAGUCAGAACCAUCAUCAACAGAAGCAUCUUUAAAGAAAGAAAAUAUUAAACCAGAGAUUAAGUUUGAAAGCAACCAUUUUACCUCACCAAAUAAUAAAUCAGUUACUUACCCUGAUAGUGAUUUCCCAACAGCAAAGGUUCAAGACAGUAAUAAAGCUACUGAAUGUUCUGUAUUAUCUACUGCUGAAAUAGAUGUAUCAAACACCAGUACAUCAGUUCAGUCAAUGGCUACUGGUGAGCUGGUGAGUAAAGAUGAAUUGGUGAUGAUUAGUGAAGGAGUAAGUGGAGAAAGGUCAGUGAGUAUUGGUGAAGCGAUUAAUAAAGGUGAGCCAGUGAGUAUUAGUGAAGCAGUGAGUGCCGAUGAGCCAGUGAGUACGGGUGUGGUGGUGAGUGCCAGAGAGUCAUCAAGCACACAUGAGGCACCAGAUACAGGCACGGCCAGUGUCGUGUGUUCCAUUGAAGAAUCUUCAGAGUCUGGUCCACAUGCCUGUGGGACCAGUUCUGAAGCUGGUGGUAUCUAUGACGAUGGGUUGGAGAAAGAUGUCACUGAUGACGAAAACCUGACGGAGCUGAAGUUGAAAACACCCGAGCUUGAAGUUUCUGAUGAAAAUGAUGUUGAAUGUGAGCUGAUUGAUCCACCAUCUAAAGUGUGUGAAACUAUAUUCAUUGAUGAUGAAGAAGAGAUUAUUACCAAAGGAGGACGACCAGAAUUUCUAUCAACAUCCAAAGUUAAACGCAGACGGAAACAUCCAAGACGUGGUAUUCACAACAGUGUAGUAAGUCCGACAGCAGACGUGGGUCACAGAUCUGGUUCUCCAGCAGAUAGUUUCUACAGUGCCUGUCCCCUGUGUUCUGCCCUGUUCCAGAACCGGGACUGCUUCAUCAUGCAUGUUCAAGCUCACCGACACCAACUUGGCCGCACCUGUCUGAUCUGCUCCCAGGGAAACCUGCAGACCGAAGGCUACCUGUACCACCUGGCCACCCACCAUGGGACAUCCAUCAUCCAGGCUGCCGCAGACCUGUCUGGGCUGGGACGAGAAGGACUUGCCUCAGCCUCCUCGAGGCAGCCACAGUUCCCUGUCGUCAAGUCGGAGGGUGAAUUCCGAUGCCUGCAGUGUGGGCGUGACUUCCUGACGAUCGGGAUGUUAGAGAGCCACGCGGAAUCCCACAGGCUGGAGGAUCUGGAAGCGGAACAGGAGAUGCUGCAUGCGGAGAAACUGGAGUCGAAAGAUAUGAUGACCUAUGGCUGUGAACUGUGUUCCGACGUUUUCGCUAAUCCCGGGUCACUGGCCGAUCACCACCGACAGGAACACGGCCUCCAGGUGAAAGGUCAGAUGUCACUUUAUGUCAACGACCACACUGACGACAGUUCAUCAGAGGAUGCUGCUGCCGUCAUCACCCACAAGUGCAUGGAUGUGUUCACAUGCCACCGUUGUGGGAGAAGUUUCCGGUCAUGGCGCAGUCUCAAGUAUCACUACCUGACCACCCACGGCCUGCAGUACACGUGUGAGGUGUGCCGUAACGCCUUCUCCAGUCAGCGCCACCUGCAGGUCCACGAGGAAACCCAUGUCUCCACCCUGGCUGAUCCCGUCUUCAAGUGCAAUAUCUGUGACAAGACCUUCCCGACAGUGACCCACUGCACGGCUCACAAGCGGAGCCACACCAGCGCCAAGCCCCACACGUGUGAUCUGUGUGGAUCCUGCUUCUUCAAGAGAGGGGACUUGACGAAACAUGUCCGCACGGUUCACUGCCCCAAGAAACACUUUGUGUGUAAGAUCUGCGGUAGGACGGGGACCCGGUCUGAUAACAUGAGGGUGCAUGUCAAACUUCAUCAGAAAUUCAUGAGCAGAGACCAGGUGGAUCAGCUCAUUGAGGAGGUCUACAACAAGUAGUAGAUGACUCGGGAAAAAUCCCAAGAACAGACCCAAAAUUUUGUUAGGAGGGCCAGGCCAUGUUGAUUGCAGUAUUUGUUUUUAUUGAAUAAGGGACAUACAGGGAUAAUGUUGUCAGGAUACAUUUUGCCAGUAAAAAGGAGGGUGGUGGGCUGGCCCACACCCAGAAAUCUUCCUGUGGAAGCUUGUGAUAAAGUUGGGAGUUUUCUGUAGUUGGAAGACUGGCGUUAUAUCAAGCUACAAUUUGAUGAUAAUGCAAAUAUUGUAAUAGUGACAUAUGUGUUCAUUGACAGUCCACCCAAAUAACUAUAAUGUGGUAAUAUUAUUCCAGAACAAGGCUUUCUGAGUGGCCAUGGCUUGAGAAUCGGCAAGUCAUAAGAAAUAUUUCUUUGCUUUUUUUACUUAAAAAAAAAAGCAAAAACAAAAUAAUAACUACUUCAGUAUUAACAUGUAACAUAACAUUUCACAUUGAUUACAGUCCAGGGGCCUUAUUCACAAAGGUCUCUUAGGCUCUGCUAGACAACAAAGCGUCCUCUUUGCAAGUCUUUUAGCAUUGCACUGCAAGAUUGCGAGAGUUUAGUGAAUUAGGCCCCAGAUAAUGGUUAUCUGGGUGGAUUGCCAUCAAUUGAAUUCUCAGUUUCCCAACCGAUGGCAUCUGUAUCACAUUUAUUAUUGGUAUUGAGACAUUGCUGGUCAUAAUACACACAAAUGAAUGAGGCGUAUCAGUCUGUUUUGGGUGGGUGGAGUGUGUGCAUUGUCUGACCAAACAGAGGUCCUCCAGGUCCCUUCCAUCUCCAGGAUCUGUAACACCACAUCAGAUGUCAAUCAUAACUGAAAAUUGUUGGAGAGACUCAAAGUUGUAUGUUUUUGUUUUUGAACUGCAUUAACUGGACUUGAUCAGAAAACACCAGACUUCAUGUAUGUAACUACUCGCAGAUAAUAAACAUCACUACCAUACAAGCAUCACUGGUCAAGGUCAUACAAGUGAAAACUAAUUACUACAGUUACAUAUUCUUUUACCAUUGAGAUUGUUAUUUGCCUAUGCUCAAUUUAUCACUCUUCACUGUUAAGCCAAUUGUUGGGUUUUUUAACAGAAUUUCUGAUAGUCAAAUAACUGGCAAAUAAACUAAAUGGAUAAUGUUUAUAGUUUUGCAUACAGUUGCCACGUUACGUUCAUUUAAAUUUCAGUAAUUACCAUCUUACAGGGGUGGGAAUUCUCCUCGGAUCCGUAGUUUUCCUCUCAUUGGUUCCUUGCAUUUUAAUCGUCCUUUCUUCCAAAAUGUGUCAGGAUUUCCGUGAUCCUUCAAGAUUUCCUCUUUUUUACAGUUCACCAAUUACCACCCCAGUCUUAAGAAUUCAUAGCAAUGGGCUUGGACUAAGAGCAUUAGGAAUACAAUUUUCCAAUAGUUUUUUCCAUUAAUAUAGUUCUGCAUGUUGCUUGGUGCCUUGUUUACCAUUGAGCCAUUUGUUAUUGAUAGAUUAAAACAAGUGGUAUAGAAGAUUUCUUACAGGUAGUGGUUAGCUUUUGUGCAUAUCUGAUGUUAUAGGACUGUUGCUGCCUUUGACAUUAUUCAUAAUGUCUUUGACUGUAUUUUUCUCUGUGUAAAUAUUUGUGUGUAAAUAAAACUCUUGCGAUAGUGUGCCAAAUGUUUUAUCCAUUCUCUGGAUUGGAAAUGUUACUGCCAGGUAAAUAAUUUAUAUCUUGAAACAUGUAGCUUGUAUAUUGUUUAAAACUGAAACUUUCACUUAUUGGUACAUAAUAUGCAUGUAAAUGUAGUAUAAAGAGAGUUCUUGUACAGUAUGGUACUUACAUUUGUCAGGUGUUUCUUUACAGCUUUACAGUGCAAUAUUUUUUACAUGUUUGUUGUAAUAUUUCUUUAAAUAAUAGAAUGUGGUACUUAAAUAUGUGUGUGACAAAUAGUCUGCUAAAUAGUUGAAUGAAUGUUUUCCAACUCAUGUAGAAACAAAAUAGAAAAAUCAUGUUCUUGUGUCUGUUUUCUAGAAACUUGAAAAAAGAAGGGUUUUCUUGUCUUAUGGUAGGAUUUCAGUAAUGGUUAUUAAGUUAACUGUGUAUUACAAUCAUGCCUUGUAUGUCUAUAUUUUACAGUCAGUGCCACCUCGUAAUUAACAACUGAUGAUGUUUUAUAGUCAUUUGUUCUAUUGAUAUGUGCCAUUUCAGUCCAGCCCAGAACACUUUAUUGCAAACAAUUUUAAAAUGUCUGAAGCUUGCACAGACUAAAAGCUGUAUAUAUACAAUUCUGGAUAUAGGAAUAAUUCCUCUAUUAAUCAAGUUUGAAUCAAUGUUUUCAUGAAAACACCUGAUAUCAUCACUGUUUUGACAGUGAUUCAUGAGUGCAUGUCAUCACAGCUGUAUUUAUUCCAAUGAGCUCUGUCCUGUGCUAGUUUUGAUUUAGAAACUAUACUGAGAGUGGCAGUCCUCUGGUAGUCAAAAGGAUGUAUUAUUCAGUAAAGGAUCUCUUCGGGAGUGGCUAUUCUCCUGUAGACUAAGCACUAAAUAGAGAUUCAUGGAAUCAACCAUUAUUUUGCCAAAUGCCUAUUCGACUCUGCUUUCUGCAGAGAUACGGUCUUGAUCAUGGAUAACUCUUUCGUCAUUCAGAUAAAGUUUAACAUUAUUUGCAAUAAACAGUUUUUCGGACAGGAUAAAAAGAAGACCCUUAAAUGUGAAAUAGCUUUUGUCCAGGUUGGUUUAUUACUUAAUAAUACUAAUUACUUUCAUUUCAUUGCCAUAAUCUUUCAAAAUGAUGUUUAAUUGUUUUAAAUCAUGUGUAGAAUUUCCACUUGUUUUAAUAUCUUUAAUUUGCAUUUUUAAUAUGUAUUUAAUAUGUAUUUUAAAUUCACAUAUUGUUGCCAUCUAUUUGGUCACUUGGUAACCAUGCAUGUUGAAAGAGAAUUGCACAAAACCUUUCCUAAAUAACUAGUGUAUAUAUAAUUAAUAGUAUGGCCAUAAGGUUUUGUUAAGUGUUCUAUUUUCAAAACCAUUUGCCAUUUUCUCCUUUUGCAUUAAAAAGGACAGUUUUUGAGCAUGUGGUGAACCAUAGAGGAUUCAGUUACUCGAGGACAUAAUAUGUGAAUGUUUGUUAAUCAUGAUUACUGUUUCACGGUUUGUUCAGUUACUCGAGGACAUAAUAUGUGAAUGUUUGUUAAUCAUGAUUACUGUUUCACGUUUUGUUCAGUUACUCGAGGACAUAAUAUGUGAAUGUUUGUUAAUCAUGAUUACUGUUUCACGUUUUGUUCAGUUACUCGAGGACAUAAUAUGUGAAUGUUUGUUAAUCAUGAUUACUGUUUCACGUUUUGUUUUCACCUAUUACCAUUAGAGUACUUAAAUUGAUAGUUUUGACAUUGUUCAUCUUAGGCUGCUUAAUUCAAAGAUUUAUGGGAUUUUUAAAAGUUUCAUGUUUCAUUGUUUUUAUUGUGUAUGCCAUUCUUUCAAAGGGACAUUCCCGAGUUUGUUACAUUGUAAGAUGUUUCCGACUGAUAAAAUAUUUCUAUGAUUAAACUUAAACAUUAAAUAUAUUUUCUUGUUUAGAAUGUCAUUGUCUGUCUAUUGAAUGUGCUUCUGAUCGUCUUAAUAUUUGUAAGAAGCCCAAACUGGAUUCUGUCUUGAAAUAAUUGUGUAUGUACGAAAAUAUAACAUUUUAGGAAGUAAAAUG